AUGGUUUCUCUCGCUGUGGUUUCCACUGUCGUAACUGCCUCAUCCGACAGCUCGUACAUCAAGUCCUAUGAUGGGAGUGAUGAUUAUUAUGUUGCUGAUCAGCAUGAUUGCGAUCAAUAUGGAACAUACGGUUCUGCUUAUGGUGGUUGUGUUUCCAAGUACGAAAAGGAUUAUUAUAGCUACAUCAAGCACUACAAGCGUGGUGAUGUUGAAAAAACCGAUGAAUACUACGAUAAACCCGUCGAGAAAGUCAAGUCUUACGAUUCUUACGACAAGGAUGCUCACUACGAUUCUUACGACAAGGAUACUCAUUACGAGAAACCCGUCGAGAAAGUCAAGUCUUACGAUUCCUACGGCAAGGACUCUUACCAAAAACCAUAUGAUUACAGCAAGUACUACAAGCGCGGUGGUGAUGAUGUUGAAAAAACCGAUGAAUACCACAAGAAACCUGUCGAGAAAGUCAAGUCAUACGAUUCUUACGACAAGGAUACUCAUUACGAGAAACCCGUCGAGAAAGUCAAGUCUUACGAUUCCUACGACAAGGAUGCUCAUUACGAUUCUUACGACAAGGAUGCUCAUUACGAGAAACCCGUCGAGAAAGUCAAGUCUUACGAUUCCUACGGCAAGGACUCUUACCAAAAACCAUAUGAUUACAGCAAGUACUACAAGCGCGGUGGUGAUGAUGUUGAAAAAACCGAUGAAUACCACAAGAAACCUGUCGAGAAAGUCAAGUCAUACGAUUCUUACGACAAGGAUACUCAUUACGAGAAACCCGUCGAGAAAGUCAAGUCUUACGAUUCCUACGACAAGGAUGCUCAUUACGAUUCUUACGACAAGGAUGCUCAUUACGAGAAACCCGUCGAGAAAGUCAAGUCUUACGAUUCCUACGGCAAGGACUCUUACCAAAAACCAUAUGAUUACAGCAAGUACUACAAGCGCAGUGGUGAUGAUGUUGAAAAAACCGAUGAAUACCACAAGAAACCCGUCGAGAAAGUCAAGUCAUACGAUUCCUACGGCAAGGAUACUCACUACGAGAAACCUGUCGAGAAAGUCAAGUCUUACGAUUCCUACGACAAGGAUACUCAUUACGAUAAACCCGUCGAGAAAGUCAAGUCAUACGAUUCCUACGACAAGGAUACUCAUUACGAUAAACCCGUCGAGAAAGUCAAGUCUUACGAUUCCUACGACAAGGAUGCUCAUUACGAUUCUUACGACAAGGAUACUCAUUACGAUAAACCCGUCGAGAAAGUCAAGUCUUACGAUUCUUACGGCAAGGACUCUUACCAAAAAACAUAUGGUUAUGAAAAAUAA